GACAGGCCCUGGCUCUUGUCUUGAAACCAAUGUGUGGAGCAUCUCCGUGGGAACCCAGCGGCUCAGAUCCCUUCCUCAGGUGAGGAAGAAAAACGUGGCACGGUGCCUGCAUCACAGCACAGACGCUGGCAGCUUUGCUCUGCUGUCUCUGGGGUGUAUCAGGAAGGACUGGGAAGGUUUCCGCACCCUAGCAGCAUUCUUGGAAAAAGAGAGAAGUUACGGUGUCUCCUCUGGAAAGGGAUCCAAUAUGGCUUCAACUUGGCAGAAAACUCAAGAUUUCUACAAUUGGGCCCUUGAAAAUGGAGACCCGAGGACAGACCCCUGGCUCCUGGUUUAUUCCCCAUUUCCAGUCACACUUCUUUUCACCCUCUACCUCUUCUUUGUGGCACUGGGACCACGCCUGAUGCAGAAGUGGGAGCCAUUGAGACUCAAGGGUCUUCUGGUUGCCUAUAAUUUGGCUCUGGUGGCUUUGUCAGCCUAUAUGUUCUAUGAGUUUCUGGUAACUUCGGUCCUGGCCAACUACAGCUACCUGUGUCAGCCAGUGGAUUAUACCCAAAGCGAGUUGGGAAUGCGGAUGGCGAGAGUGUGUUGGUGGUUCUUCUUCUCCAAAGUCAUCGAGCUGCUUGAUACGGUAAGGUGGACAUGGCCAAUUUAAGGGGAAUGCGGGUCUGUAAUAAGCCACUGGCUUUG